AUGGUUCUUGCUAUAGCAAGGGCAAAACUAUUUCUUUUGCAAGCACGGCCCCGGCUCCGGCAUCUGGAGUCAAUCCGUGAGGAGGCGCAGGCGAGUCUAUGCAUCGCCGCCAAUCUGAUGAAGGACCACCACGGCGCCAACGACACGGCGUACAAGGCGUACAAAGUGGGCGAUAAGGUGUGGUUGGAAGGGAAGAACGUCAAGACCGUUCGUCCGAAAGCCAAGCUCGACGCCAAACGCUACGGCCCCUUCACCGUCACAGAAGUUGUCGGCAGCGACCCUGAGAAGGCCAUCAACUUCCGGUUGGAUAUUCCGAAGACCUGGAAACGUAUUCAUCCAGUCUUCCACGCCCAUCUCCUGACCCCCUAUGUGGAAACGCCGGAACAUGGUCCCAACUUCCUGCAGAACCCGCCAGACUUGGUCGACGAUGAGGAGGA